AUGUUUAACCUGCUGAAUUGUGCACAAUUGUUGCUGCUGAUGAUUAUCAAUGAUAUGAUAAGAAAUGAUGAGAUUGCAGCAAAGGAUGUCCUCAAUCAUACAGACUGGUCCUUGAUUCACAAUACCAAAUCCUUCAAGGACAUUGCAUUUCUAUGUAUUGUGACUGCUAUCAUUGCAGAGCACUCUUUCUUUCUGUGGAAACAGAAUCCUUCAAAGUCCACUGCCCCCUUCAAAUCAGCCAUUCAAAAGUUCAACUUGUCUGCUGACAUGGCAAAAAUCAAUACUGCCAUUGAGGAGGCCUCUCAUAUGAAAACCAAGGAACAAAAGAAACAGGCUCUUGUAAAGAUUGCUAUGGACAAUCGUCUUUCCCACCUUCCCAGAAUUUCAUAA